GCAUUCCAGCAGAGACCAACCCGACACGGUGCAGCCACAGUGAUCAGGAUCAGCAGCCCUUCACACUCCACAGGAAACAUGACAUUUCAUCACUCCCUUGGAUUAUGCUUUGUUGUCCUUAUGGCUGCUCCUGCUUCUUCCAUUGACCAGUCUAUAUGUAACCAGCCUAAGGAUGAAGGAAGUGGGGAGGAGUUGAUACAUAGUUUGUAUUAUGACAGUACAAAGGGAGUCUGCGUUCCCUUCCAUUACAAAGGCGCUGGGGGGAACGAAAAUCGCUUCACCUCAGACGCUGAGUGCAUGCAGGCCUGCUCGGACAAACACCAUGAGCUAUACCCACCUGGAGGUUUAGUGUGCACGUUAAAGGAAGUCCAGGGUCAUUGCUUCGCCCGGGAAGUGAGGUUCUACUACAAUGCGGAGAAGAAGGCAUGCCGGACGUUCAUGUACGGGGGUUGUGGUGGGAACGGGAACAACUUUCAGACCAAGCAGGAAUGCCAAGAAACAUGUGCAAAGUCGGGUCGGUCUUUUGAAUCAUCCGCUCAAGAUUCAAACCCAGACGCGUCUGCCAAUGUGGGUCUGAUCGUUGGAAUUGUAGGUGGAUGUGUGUUUGCAGUUGCCGUAAUUUCUGCUAUUGUAGUACUUGUUAUGCAGAGGAACGGAAAACCGAAAGAUCGGAAGAAAGUUCCAACAAAUGCCAUAGAAGUUGAGAUGCAGUGAUGAGCGGACGUUUUUGGAAAGAUUUCUCAAAACAGUUCAAAGAACAUGAAGUAGCUUAUACUGACUUUGAGUGAUUCUACUUUCAACCUCUUAUCAUGUUUUAUAUUUUUGAAUGCAUUUUUGAUUUGUAAGAAAAUUGGGCAGAGUAUUACAUUAACAGACUGCUCUUUUUAUAACGAUGUUUUGUUACAUUUGUAGCACAGCUAGAUCCUAUAGUUUUACACUUCUAAGUUGCACUAUAUAGCCAAAAGUAUGGAAACACUAGCUUAUCCAACAUCUCAUUCCAAAAUCAUGUGUAAUAAUACCAUAAUAAGACCAUUUUUGUUAUAAUAGCCUCUAUACUCUUCUGGGAAGGUGUUUGUUGUUGUGGAGUGUUCUUUGUCUUCCGGUUUCUCGCCACAGCCCAAAAACAUGCUGAGGUGAAUUGGAGUAACCAAAGUGUCCAUAGGUAUGACUUUGUGUGUGCCCUGUGAUGGGUUGGCGCCCCAUCCUGGGUGUUCCCUGCCUUGUGCCCAAACCUUCUGCACCCUGUGCCCCGGAAAAGGACAAGCAGGUGCAGAAAACGAAUGGAUGGAUGCAAGUGCCAUUUGGUACUAUUCAGGUUGGCUGUUGAUAUUAGCCAUUGGGAUCCUUUCCUCUAAGUUUUGUGGCUGACCAUUCCACAGCUGAGCUUGCCUCUAGGUUUUUCCGCUUCACACUUGCUUCACAUGAAGUUGACCUCAGCUGGACAGAAUUGCGGUCAUUUGACUUGUCGGGAACAUGGCAUCCUAUGAUGGAGGAAAGUGGAAAAUCACUAACUUCUGUACAAUCAUUCAUUCUGCUGCUAAUGUGUGUUGCUGGAGAUUGCAUUACAAUGUACUUAGUCAUACACCUGUGCCAGCAGUGGGCGUGGCUUAAUUAGGCAAUUCCUCUGAUUAACAAGAGUGUCCACAUACUUCUAGCCAUAUAGUGUAUAUUGGCUUAGUGAGAUUUGGUAAUACAGUUACAUUCAUUUUCAGACAAAACAUCUACGGCUACCUUUUAACCGUCUAUAUUGUGGAAAACGUGCUUAUUGAUGAUAAUAAAAAAAUUAUUUCA